AUGGGUCGUGUUAAACUCCAGAUUAAGAAAAUAGAAAACAACACAAAUCGACAAGUUACCUUCUCUAAGCGUAGGAAUGGACUCAUUAAGAAAGCUUAUGAACUCUCUAUCCUUUGCGACAUCGAUAUUGCUCUCAUCAUGUUCUCUCCCUCCGGCCGCCUUAGUCAUUUCUCCGGCAAAAAGAGGAUUGAAGAUGUGUUUACCAGAUGUAUAAAUCUCCCUGACCAUGACACAGGAGGGACUGUUCAAAAUCGAGAGUAUCUGAUCAGGACAUUAAAGAAACUCAAGAACGAAAACGAUGUAGCUUUUCAACUAGCCAAUCCUGGGGCUGUUAACUCUAACGUGGAGGGACUCCAACAAGAAGUUAGUAGAUUCCAACAACAACUUCAGAUGGCCGAGGAACAAUUAAGGAUUUUUGAGCCGGACCCACUAAAGCUCACAUCAAUGGGAGAACUUGAAUCAUGUGAGAGGCAGCUUUUGGAUGCAUUGACACGUGUUACACAAAGAAAGAAAUUUCUUCUAGGAAACCAUCUAUCAUCUGAUGAUCAAUCCACUAUCCAGAUGUACUUAGAUUUUCAAGGGGGGAUGCCUACAUCAUUUGAGAAUGAGGUUGUGGGUUGGUUGCCUGAGACUGCACACCAGUCUAACCAAAUUUUCCUUGGAUCUGACUCUUUGGUUCCUCUAAGGGAUCAGUCAUCCUCAAUAUAUGACACAUUGUCUCAUGGAACAAGCUUAAAUGUGGACCCACGAGGCAUGGGAGAGUGCAAUGUCAGCAGUACAAGCGAUGGGAAUCUUCCAUCUUGGCCCCAGGGUUACACAUCCAAUGAUCUUCUCUCCGCUCUCAUGCCACCUUCUUCAUUCCCUCUAAUUCAGCAGGGAAUGGCGGGCCCAGAUAUGCAAUCAAUAAUGCCACGUGAGCAGGUGGAGACCCCACCGAGUUGUUCACACGUACCAACCAAUCAAUAGGGUGCCAAUUAUGACUUAUGAGAGCAAUGUCCCACAACUUAAUUGCCAUUGCCGUAGAAGAUAAGAACUUCUGGUAGCAGUG